AUGUCGUCCGAGCUGCGGCAGAAGGCCUACACACGGCGAGCGUCGCAGCACGACGACCUGGAGGAAUCACGCUCGCUGCACGAGCAGUUCCGGUCGUCCAUGUUCUCGGCCAGCAAGGCCGACCGCCUCAACGCGCGAACCACCAUUUCGGGGGGGGCCGGCGGGGCUGGCAGCUCCUGCGACUCGUCUGAGAGCACCACGGCCGCCCGCAUCGACGCGGCCAUCAAGGCCGCCAUGGCCCACGACGCCACCAGAGGCGCCAACACCUUCAACCGCCUCAACCUGACCCCGGAAGGGAGCGCGGCGAGCCUCGGGGGGCCAGGCCGGGGGGGGGGGGGAGGGGGUGGGGCACCGUACCCCCGGAUGGGCGGAGGAGACUAUUAUCGAGACAGCGGCAGCGGCAGCGGCUACGCCGGCGCUUACAGGACGUACAACCCUGGGAGCGCGUCGGGCGGGGGCGAUAGCACCGGUUACAUGAACCGGCCCCCCGCCGCGGACGACUCAGUGGCGACCGGGAGCGUGAGCCACAGGAGCAUGAGCGGCGGCAGCGGCAGCGGCGGCGGCGGCGGCGGCGGGCGCGUUAGCGGCGGCGUGGGUGCCGCCGCCAUGGACCCUUUUUUUCACCGCGUUCCCGGCGGCGGCAGCGGCGGCAGCGGAGGAGGAGGAAGGGUCACGGCGCCACACCAUCACCAGCAGCAGACGCGAGCGAUCUGGGAGCCAAGGGCGAACGUACCCCCCGCACCGAGACCGGCGUGGCAACCAGACCCGUCGGUGGAGGCGGAGGAGCCGGAGGACACGUCGUCCUCGGCGAGCAGCGGCGGCGGGGACGCGCGCCUGGCGAAGUUGCACCCGCAGCCGUCUCGAGAUUUCCAAGAGCACCACCAGGCGGACUCGAUGGGAGCGAUCGCUCCGCCAGAACGGCCUCAAGACAUGCCUCCGGUCAGAACCGACGGCGGUAGCGGAGGCGACGCCCUCGACCACAUGGGUGGGGGCGGCGCCGGGGUGGCCUUGACGCCCGCCGGCUACGAUGAGCCCCUUGAGCUGCCUGACGGCUGUCAUCACAUCUCUCUCGCCAAGUUUCUCGAGGUGAUGACUGGCCCGGGCUUGCGCGUCCGGAAGCACCAUCGAGCGGGCAAGGGCAGCUCGGGCUUGCGAGUGCUGCGAUACAAUGCAGAAGGAGACAGCCUUACUUGGGACAGCCACAAGAUCCUUGGGGCGGCGCAGCACGUACUUCCGAUGAGCGACGUAGAGAACGUGUCCAUGCAGCCGGGCAAGCGGGUGGUGCUGAUGUGCGUCGGGGGGAAGGACAGCUACGCGGUGUUCGAGGCCGCUAACGACGAUGCGGCGGCGGUUCUCUACGUUGGACUGGAACGAUUGCGAGAGCGGACGCAGUCAGGAGUGGACGCGGUAUGAAGCCGAAAACGGCAAACGGCGGAUCGAAACACCCGGAAACUUCCUGCCACACACGAUAUUCAAGCUAACGAUACACAACACAAGACAGGACACGAUUUAUUUUGGGAUCCGUGCGUGUGUUGAUUUGAUGGUGUCACGACCUUCAUAGUCGUCGGUUUUUUCUUUUCUUCUUUCUCUCGCCCUGCCGAGUUGGGUAGGUGGGUCGUUGAAGAAAUCAGGGACUUUGUCCCGUGGCUCUCGCUCGUUUGAUGGAAUUCCCCUGGGAGAGAUGGGACGGUGGAAGGGGGGGGGCGGCGGGUCCUGUUGGAUUUUUUCCGUCACUGCUGAGUAGCAGCGGGAACAAGAGGACAGUGACGGCCGGUCUGGGUGUAGGUUUUCCCCACAAGAACCGAACAAGCGCGGGGGGGGGGAGACCACGGUCGAUUCUGCCUUUUCUGCGCGCCUGGCUCAAGAGGCGGCGCAAAACUAAAGAACGUGGUUUGGUUGGGUUGGUUUGUUGUUGUUCCUUGGGACAAAACGGAGAGGGGUACAAUGGGUUCCGAAUUGAUCUUCUACUCUUUUAGUGCUGUAGUUUUUGCAAGUGGGGAAGGGAGAGAGGAGGGGUGGGGGUUAACGCAAGGCUCCGGUCUGAGUGAUUCUUUGUGAGUUGGAUGGCCUCGAGGGGGGAAGAGUGCUUGUGGUCGAGGAGGGACAGAGAGCCACAGGGGUUUACGGGUCUUGACCCACUGUUGUAGGAGUUCAGCUGCACAACACCACAUCCCGUCGCGUAUGCGUUAUUACAUUUGUUUCCGGCUGCGGUGUGUGAGUGCCUGCUGUUUGUGUUCCCAGCCGGGUUGUUUUGUUUCUCCGCGCCUGACUUGCGAGGAGGGCAGCACGGGGAGGGAAACGGUGAAAAUCACGAACAUUAUGACAUGGAAUCUAUGGUUGGUUGGACCUAUAGUGUAAUGUACCUUUCGAAUCAUGCAUGUGUACCGUACGGCCUUUUCGAGCGAUCUUGAGCGUGCGGUCUGGUAGAUGGAGCUCGUCUUCUUUUCUUUCCCAACGAAUAGUGUUUUGGACUUUCUUUUCCCCCUCCUUCUGUUGGACGGUUUCUGAAGAAGCUUUCCAGCGAACAAACGAGUGAAUAUUUCCCGAGUUGGGGGCCCUUCCUUCGCUAUGCAUACAAGUCUACGUAGUACACUGUGUCUCACACGGCGAUGAACGAAGCUCAGCAGCAGCAGUUGUACGAGAACAAGAGAGAGGGUGUGGGGUGCAGAGUUGAACGGUAGACGCGGGACAGGUUAUUGUUGGUGUGUCGCUGGCUGAUUGGACGCGCCCGCCUCACGCUACGUUCGCCCCCAGAAGCUGGUUGAUUACUUGCCCACAUGGAAGGUAUUGGUAGGUAGGGAGGGUGCUUAUUGGUGCGGAGAGUGGAAGUUGCCACCAUCCAACGAACUGCCUAGUAUUUUGUUCUUCAAGCUUUGGCAUUUUUGUGUUUAUUUUUCGCUCUCUCGCUGUUAUUUUUUUUUAUUUUUCUUAAAAUUUUUUGUUUUCUGUCUCUUGCGAAGAGAUAACGGUGACGGAGCGAAGGGAGCUAGGCUAGCCGAUGUCCGUGUUGUACUGAUAUUCUCGUACGCGAAGAGGAACGUGCUUCGUUUCUUUCUUCACGGGGUGUUUGUAAGGACGCCCACCGAUCGAUCGGGAAGUAAGCGUGUGUUCGAUCGGGAAGUAAGAGCGAAGACUUGUAGCUUCGUUGUGUGGUGCAUUUGGAAACAGAGCGAAGGGGGGAUUCUCAUAGAGUGACGCGUGCGUGUAGUCUCGCCCCCAAGCCCCUCUGCCGAGUUUGUGAGUGAAUCCAUUGCAGCGUUGGCUUGGUCCGGUGGUGGCGCAAGCACGGCUCGUGGGCUUGUUCUUUGGGUCUUGAGGUGGAGAAGGGUGAGACUGAGUGGGGGACUCCCUAGCGUUGACAGGACGCUGGGAUGUGGAAGGGCAAGGCUUUCUUUGUAGGGAGGGCUCGCGCGCUACGCGCUAUUUAGUCGCAUUUCAUUCAUUACGCUGAGACGUGUGAAAGAUUGGCAUUCGCGCGUGCUGUAUCGGAACAAUUAGACACGUAGUAGCCCUCCUCGAGCCUGUAGCGCGACGACUGAUUGUAUUGUAGGUAUAUGUGCUGCUGCAGGUAGGAUUUCUUCUUUUCAGUGUGUGCUCAACACCACGUAUUGCCAGCAAGAAGUUCUGCUUUUCAGUGUGUGCUCAACACCACGUAUUGCCAGCAAGAAGUCGGAGGAAAUCUCCAAAACUCUGGGUGUGUUACGUUUGGAUGGAGUGUAUCUGUUGUCUGCGUCAAUAUAUCUGGGAGCGAGAGAGCAC